AUUUAAUCAAAGAAGGGAAAAUUCGGAAGAGAAAUACCGCGAGAGAGAGACGGUCCGAAAAUUUCCCAGCAAAAUCAAACCCUAAAAACCACUUCACAUAGCACAAGACAGGCGGGAAUUCAAUUUCCGAUCGCUUCGCCCAAACUUCGAUUACAUUCUGCGCUGUUACAGCCUUACAGGUUCGCUCUAUCGCCAUUUUUGUGCUUCAUAGCUUUUCAUUUUUCCUCUUCUAAGCGAGAAUUGCUCAGUUUCCCGUUGGUUCCCUCUGGAUUCAUCGUCUGGUUGGUUGCCGGGAUAUUAUUUCCAUUUCCGUCUAUGCAACACUUGUACACAGGGAAACGUAGUUGUAGCAUCAGUGCCUUUUCAGCUGGUUCCAGGAUUUUCAUUUCGUUUUUGCUUCGUUUUCUGAACGAAGUUAAUCGCUCUUGCGACCGAUUGAAGUUUUUUUCUGGUCGCUAAGUAGCUGUUCGCGAGCUUGCCGACGGAUGAUUACGCCUUACUGGCUUAGUCGAUGUAAUAGCAGUACGGCAUGAGACUGUUUCAGAUAGCCAGUUCUUGAAUUAUUAGUAGUCAUAUAGGAAUCAGAAUCAUAGAAAUAGACAUGCGAUAGAUAGCAGUCGUCCUUCUCCUCUUGUUUUUGAAGUUCGGGUGCUGCGGAAUUUAAUUGAUUGGUUGGGGUUAUUUACUCUCUCAGCUCUCUGGUGCCAGGCAUCAUGGAUCCUAAGGUGCAGUCUUCACCACCUGAUACCGAAGACGAAAAAGCGACUUUUCGUAAGUCAUCCAAUGAUGUGGCUAGCAGGAAGUAUCGUCGGCAUUUGAUUGAUAUUAAGUCAUCGGGAGAUCCUGAGAGCCCCAGAAAUGAUCGCGCCUCCAGUCCAAUAUUUACUAGGGGUGAGCCUGGUAAAGUUUCUGAACAUCGAGAAAGUAGAAAGGAUGAAGGGAGAAAAUAUGACAGGGAUCAGCGUGUAAAAUCUGGAGAUGCUGAUUCCCGCUCCUCUAAGAAUCCACAUCCUAACUCAAGGCAUGAUGACUAUGGCAGACGCGAUGAAGACAGACGUAGUAAGCCUUCUUACCUUGAUAGGGAUUCUAGGGGUACUUCUCGCUCGGAUCGUAUGAGAGAAGAAAGUGAUAAUGGUAGGUCACGUGAUUACAGAAGGUAUUCUGACAAAUAUUCUCGUGAUAGAGACACUCAGAGAAGUAAGGAUAAAGAGUCAUAUCCUGUACCCGACCGGAAACAAACUAAUUCAACUUCAGAGGACAAAGACUUUCACCGCCACAGGAAUGUCAGAGAUAAUCGAGAUGGGGAAAGGAAUUAUGGGAGAAGCUCUGAAUACGGAAAUGAGCGCACAGAUUAUCGUGGUGGAUCUAGAGGACGUGUUAAAGAGUCCCUUCUUUCUAGGAAGGAUGAUGAUAAAUAUCGCGCUAGAGAAUUUCAGAAAGGCAAUCCCAAUGAAGUUGAUGACUGGAGGGAAAAGAAGAAACGUGAUGGUUCUGAACCUGAUAGAGGCGAUGAUGCUUACUCAAGAGCAUCAGGACAGAAUGAAGACAAAUCUCUUUCCAUGACUGAAUCCCAGCAAUCCGAGGCCAAACGAAUGAAGCUCUUCAGUUCAGAUAAGGCCGUUCAUCCUAGUGGAGAUGGUGAAAAGCAGUCCUUGAGCCCUAAGCAGGUGGCAGCAGCUGGUACCGGAAGUAUUUCGGAGGCUACUAAUGACCUGAAUGCAGCCAAGGUUGCUGCCAUGAAAGCUGCUGAACUAGUCAAUCAGAACCUUGUUGGCGGGAGCUUCAUGUCUACUGAUCAGAAGAAGAAAUUGCUGUGGGGGAACAAGAAGAGCACCACCACCUCAGAAGAGAAGAGGUGGGACACCUCAAUGUUUGGCGAUCGUGAAAGACAAGAAAAGUUCAACAAACUCAUGGGUGUGAAGGGGGAUGCAAGGGGAGAAUCCCAGACCAACAACAACCAAGAGGGUCUCCAGGCCGAAAAGCAGGAGCAGCUCCAGAUGGAGUUAGAGAAGCAGUACACAGCUGGACUUCGUCGACGAGAUGGCCGCACUGUCGGAUUAGGACUCUGAUGAGCGACUGUGUCCUGUUACCGACACGGACAGAAGUUCUUCUUCUUGGUAUGUUGUCACACGUUUGUUCAUCUAUUCGUGCUUUGAACUAUAAAAAACGUCGAGAACUCUUUCGUCUUUGAAAUUUGAGCCGCAUUUAGUUUCCAUCCUUGACGUAGGGAACUUAAUUAGAUGUGUAAGCCUAAUGUUCCUCAACUUCACUUCAUGUCCAAGCUUACAGUUCCUCUUUUUCGUUAUUUUCAUUCUGAACCCCAAUUUCAACGAGAUGUCUGUAGCAUCAAGGAAUGAAACCACAUGCUUUAAAUUCUUGCUUUGCUUGCAGCUAGCUUGGUUAGUAAGGUCAUAUCUACACUACGAAUACUUGCUUCUUUCUUCGUGUAUAUCAUUGUCAUUACAACACUGUAGAUUGCAUACAAAUCUACUAUAGAUUGCACCCAUCUACCCUGAAAAUUGGUCAUGAUUCAUGAAUGGGAACAAGGUUUGAAUUGAAGUUUGGCUUUUGAACCAACAUUGCUGUUGGCGCCGUAGAAGGUAAGGCGAUUAAAAUACUACCGUCGGUUUCCCUUUUUUCUUCUUUUGGGGGACCUCGUGUGUUGCUGUUGCUGACCGAAAAAUGAUAAGCUACGUAGCUGUCAAUCAUGUCGGCUGAUGUUUGUCUCUCCCCGCUAACGGCUAGUCGGCGUAGAGAGAGAGAGAGGGAUAGAAUACUAGUAUUCCUAACGUUCACCCACCACCAUUUUAAAUUUUCAUCCUCCCCCCACCUUCUUGAAUCCUAAUGCUCAUUUCGGUUAGGGCGUCCUACCACGAUGAUCAUGUGUGCACAAUUGUGGAUCGUUGCAGGACGUCCUAACUCAAGUAGCGCCUAUAAAUGUAGUAAUAUUUGUUACUGUGUGUGUCCAGUAGUUGUGAAACUCUCGACUUCAUUGAUGAAAGGUGUAUCUGCUUAAUGAAUAGGUCACAUGGAUUUUCUUGUGCGAUCCACGACUACUAUUAGCGAGAUAGGACCUCGGGGGUUGUAGCUUGAUGAUGGUUUUCAAGUUCGUAACGAUCAAAUGAUUUGGUACAUAUUGGAUAUGAUAUUCAAGUAGAUUUGGUAUUGAAGUUACGAAUUUUCGUAGCGUUAGAAGAAUGAGAUUGAAUUUAAUCCGAUGUAUGUCACCGCCUUGGUUUGAUGUAUUAGGUGAUGCUAGAAAGCAACGGCUGUGGUUGGAAAAGACGAAGGAGGGCGGAGGAGUCAUUGUCCAUGGCCCUAGUGGCCAACAACUAUAAAAUUUAAAAUCUUGUGGAUCUUGCUAAUCGAGCCCAUGCAACAUUUGUAGUGGACUUCUCUUUUUUAUGACCAAUGUCUAAGUUUUUAUUAUUAUUUAAAUCGAUUUUUCGUUUAAUAUAUUUUUUUAAUAAUU